CUCUGUGGAAAUCCCACACGAUUCAAAUUAGAGGCGAGCGAGAGAAGCCGAUCGAUUCCUCUUCCCAUCACGGUCUUGUGCUGCGUUCUCGCGUCGCCGAUCUCGUCGCUACGCCGCCACCGACGAUGUCUAACCUCCCGCAGCCGCACUGCCUCGCCCCUGCCUUCGGCGGAGGCCCCGCCCCUCCGCCCCUGUCGUCCGCCGCCGGGGGCGGGCAGCCCGUGAGGGACCGCAAGAUCGCGUCCGCGGAGCAGCUCGUGCUGGAUCUCUGUGAACCGGAUCUCCGGGAGAACGCGCUGGGGGAGCUUUCCAAGAAGAGAGAGAUAUUUCAAGAUUUGGCUCCUUUGUUAUGGAACGCAUAUGGGACAAUUGCAGCACUCCUCCAAGAGAUAGUUUCUAUAUACCCUUUUCUUUCACCUCCAACUUUAUCACCAGGUGCAUCAAAUAGAGUCUGCAAUGCUCUUGCCCUUCUUCAGUGUGUAGCAUCACAUCCUGAUACACGAAUUCUUUUCCUAAAUGCACACAUCCCUUUGUAUUUGUAUCCCUUUUUGAAUACCACUAGUAAGACAAAGCCAUUUGAGUAUUUAAGAUUGACCAGCCUGGGGGUUAUUGGCGCCCUUGUAAAGGUUGAUGACACGGAGGUAAUUAGUUUUCUUCUUCAAACAGAAAUAAUUCCUUUGUGCCUGCGCACGAUGGAGAUGGGUAGUGAACUUUCAAAGACGGUUGCGACCUUUAUUGUUCAAAAGAUAUUGUUGGAUGAUGUUGGGCUUCGGUACAUUUGUGCUACCGCAGAACGUUUUUAUGCUGUAGGUCAAGUGCUUGGAUCCAUGGUCACAUCACUUGCUGAACAGCCAUCUGCGAGACUCCUGAAGCAUAUAAUUCGUUGUUACUUAAGGCUUUCGGAGCACCCAAGGGCAUGUGGAAGUUUGAACAACUGUCUUCCCAAUAUGCUAAAAGACGGAUCUUUUAACAAUUAUAUUGAUGAUCCUACAACUCGGCACUGGCUGCAGCAGCUACUACACAAUGUUGGUGGCAUAAAUCGGGUAGCCAAUCUUCAGGGUGGACUCGAUCAUAUUAUCGGAAGUUAGGGAUUCUUGUGCUCAUCAAGUAAUGUAUCAGUCUUUAUCUCAGUUCAUUUUGGUCACUUUAUCACCUGUUGUUUGAGGUGGAAAAAGACCUGUUCUAUUUUGUGAAAAACACCAUGAUUAGAAAUAACAAAGAGGAACUGUCAUGUUGUUUUCCCUCCCAUCACCUAAUGGCAGUGUAAUGCAGUGCGCAAGCUAUCUGCUAGCAGUGUCAUAUUGGCUGUUUUCCUCAUCCAAUGUUCCUAACUUUAUACAUAAACCUACUUGGUGUCAUAUUGGUUUACGAAAUGAGAAGUUGUAUCCACAAAUAUUGAGAUCAAAUAGUGAAAUUUGAUUCUUUUGUUCA